AUGAGUCAAGCAGUGGGAUUUAGUUGGGGGUUCAAACCUAGCACGAAUGGCUCCAGUGGAAUGGCGUCAAACGGUUGUAAAGUGAUGAAACCAAGGGUGAAAAGGCGGCUGACCAACGAAGAGUCUCAGGUGACCUUGGGUGUGAACACCAGUGUCAAUAACGUAACUAUCAACAAGUUUAAGGCCGCGGGACGGCGGAGAACUGCGCGGUCGGGUAUUCAGGGCCAAGCGUUGCCGCUGGCGCGUGCUUUGGAGCUUAUGGAUCGUGCGAGCUUGCAAGCGACACUGCUUGACCUGCUGAAAUUGCAUCCCGAAACGCAAAAAACGUUUAUGGCAUUGCAACCCGCUAGCAGAAGUGUAGAGCACUAUUGCGAGUUGCUCCAGGUGAAGUUGCAAGCGAUUUACGACAAUUUGCCUUACACGAGGCGUCACGACGACGUCGACACAGGACUCAACGAUUACGCAUUUGUUCGCGUUAAAGAUCAUGUUCAAGAAUUUCUGAACUGUCUGGUUGACUGUCUCCUGGAAAGUAUCCCUCCACAGACCCAGAACCUGUUACAAUCGUUACGAGUCCUGGAUGCCGCGACCGAUUUUUUGCAAAGGGUUCCGCAAUUUUCUACCACGACCAACAAUUACUACAAGGAUAUGUGCUACGAACAACUCGCAGAAGUAUGGGCUACCGUUGUCACCCACGUUUCCGAAGAUCUCGUGUUCUCGGCCUCGUUGGAAAACGUUUCCCAUUGGCUACAGAGACUCCAAGAACAUAAUAAUAAUUGCAGCGGGAAACUCAACAAACCGGUAUCGCUGUUCAGCAGUUUCGUAAGUCGGUUUACCCAUGUCAAACACUCCCAGAAUCCUGUCCAGGAUCAACAACCGUCUAGCAUCUGGAAUAAUCUGGUUUAG